AUGGCAAUCGGAGAGGUAAUGGCACGCCUCAAGUCAACUGAAAUCGGACUCGGACACAUCUGGAGCUUUGCCUUCGGCAGGCGCACGAACGGGUGUUCCAGCAUAGCUUCGAUUGGGAUAAUAGGCACCCCUAGCAGUUUAUGGACUGCCGAAGCGGGUGUGGCGGAACCUGCUCCAGCUGCAUCAACUGCUGCUCCUGUCCCAGCAGCUGCUCCAGCAGCUGCUUCUGCCCUUCCACCAGCUGCUGCUCGUCUUCUACCAGCUGCUCUUGCACCUCUAGCAGGUGCUGCUGGACUUAUACCUGCAAGUCCUGGACGGGUUAAACUAUUCAUUGUCGGCGUUCCCACGUGGGUGGCUUCUACGGAUGUCGCCGAUGCAGCAGAUGACGUCUCAGCACUUGGCAAGGCUGUUGCUGCGCUUGCUGCUGCAGCCCCUGCUGCAGAAGCUGCAGCAUCUUCAUCCCUCGAAGCCUGUAAAAGACGGGAUGCGUCAGAAGCACCAGGCGCCAAUCCAGGAAUCGCCUGCAUGGGGAUAGACUCGGAUCUCGAGGGACCUGGUGGUGCUGGAGCAGCAGGAGGCUGCAAUGCCUGUUGA